GUGGAACACAGUUUUCUACAACAUAAUCUACUUAAAGAGAUCUAUAUGAAAACUGAUUAGGGACAUGAUUACCAUUCACUGUCAUGGAAAACAAUAUUUCAUCCAUUUUAGAUAAUUCACUGUUAAGCGUGGAAAUGCCAAGAGAGAUGAGGAUUUAGGUUCCAUAAGCGAAAGUUUAAUAUUCUUUCAUAGGGCUUAAGUGUAUGCCCAGAGUCUCUACAUGUAAAAUGGAGCAGUACUAGGUUUCGCGAAUAUUGGCAUAAUCACGCCUACAGGCGGAAAAUGGGUGAGAAAGCAGACUUGCUAGAAUUUUAAUAAAAAACUACUAUUUAAUAUGACAUUCGAACAGAUUUUUGUUACUUGUGACCUUUAACUACGACAAUACAGUGGAUACCGGAUUCUCAUUACUCCGUAAUUAACCGUUUACCAAGUAAGUCAACCUUAAUUUGUUAAGUGCCUUAAUUAUGCAUCGCAUGAGAUAAGGACACAGCUUAAUUAAGGUACAAUUAAAUCGUUGCCGGUGCACGUCAGUGCCAUGCAACACCUGAAGGCGGCAACACGCCGCAUACGCGCCUCCUGGCGGACGCCUCGACUGCGCAGCUCCUGGACGCUGACCAGCCGCGUGGUGAUGGGCUGUUUGAUAAUUGCCAUAGUGCAGAAUAUAGUGUAUGGGAUUUUUCCGUGUUGUUUCGAUUUCAAGCACAGGAAGUUUGUGUUUUGCAAGACUUUGGCCAUUUACUGCUUUUCGGUGGCCACGCUAAUUGGCGCCUUCUAUGUGACCCAGAUUUGGGUGGCAUACAGCGAGAACAAAAUCGAUCUGCGCGAUCCCAUUCAGAUCUAUUGCUAUAUGAAUCUGUGCGUGGCGCUGCUCAACUAUGUGACCCAAUGGGCCAUCAUACCGGAGAUCUUGAGUUUUCAGAAUAGUUUGCCAUUGUUCAGCACCCUCGACUCUUUUACCAUCUCGCUGAGAUCGGUGGGCCGGGCCACGUCUCUGGCCAGCCUCAAGAUGUUUGUCUGUCCGCUGCUGAUGCAUUUCACCCUGAUUAUAUACCAGAGACAUAGACAACCCGAGCUCAAUUGGAUGAGCACGGGCAAGUUAAUGCUGCCCAUCUACUUGGGCAAUCAGCUGAACAACUGCUUCUUUGGCGGCAUUGUGAUCACCAAGAUUGUGCUCGUCGAGAUCAACAGGCGAUUGCGUGAGAUUCGCAACGAGGUGAACAGAUUGCAAACACCACUGGAGUUGCUGCUGCAGAAACCCUACUAUCGUAUGCAACGCUUUUGCUAUCUGGCCGAUCGUCUGGAUGAGCUGGCGUCCAAGUAUGCGCUCUCAACUGGUCGCUCCAUGACCUAUAUGCUGCUAACCGCCUUCUCACUGGUCUCAUCCAUGGCCAUUAAUUUGAUUAUCACGACGCUGGGCUUCUACACGCAAUAUCAAGCCUUUGCUGAUCACAUUCUGCUUGAAGAGGCCUAUGAUAUAGCCCGAGCAUUGGCACAUUUUGUGUUUCUAGUGGUUCCCUUCACAGAAAUAUGUUUGGUGGCGCGCGUCAGUCAACAAGUGCUGGACGAAGCUAAGGAAACGGGUAACUUGCUGCAGCGCAUCAACUUGGAGCACGCCGACGUGCGCUUCAAGCAAACUGUGGAUGCAUUAUGGCUGGAAGUGAUCACAAUUAAAUACAAAUUAAUGCCAAUGGGUCUGCUUGAGCUGGACGGUUCGCUGAUCAACAAAAUAUUCUCAACAGUUGCUGGCUUUCUAUUGUUUCUCAUACAAAAUGAUCUAACACAGCGAUUUUCGUUAAAGUAAUAUUUGUUAAUUUAUCAGCCUUAAAUUCAAAACUUAACUGGCGUCUAUCGAUAAAAGCGCACUUAUCGCUUGUGGUGGCUAUGCGAUAGGUAACUAGGCACUUACCAACACUAAGUUCUUGGGCUACGCAACACUGUUUGCUUGUAUCGAACGGCUGAUUGUAAAUAAAAGCGUUGAAAUGCAAA